AUGGAAUUGUCAUUGUCAUCGUAUCUGGGUUUGGAUUUACCUGCAGUAACGAAACUCUGGGGUGAGAUUAACAAUGUCAAGGUAGUGGUAAUGAUUGACAGUGGAGCUACACACAAUUUUAUCGAUCCAUCAGUCCUUAACAAGACUCGCUUAACACCAACGAAGAACAGAAGUCUUGAGAUCUUGUUAGGUACUGGUAUCACUGUCAAUGGACAUGGAGUAUGCAAGAACGUGUCAGUAACGCUCAAAUCACAUGCGUUCAAGAUGAAUUUCGUAGUUUUGGAGUUGGGAAAUGCAGAAGUCAUUCUGGGGAUUGAUUGGUUACGCACGUUGGGCAAGUGUGAACAUGAUUGGGACAAACAUGAGAUGUCUUUCAUGUAUAAGGGCUCAUUGAUAACCCUGUAUGGUGAUCCGGCUCUUCAAUGUGGAGGGAGAUCUUUUAAGGAGAACCAUUCUCUCAACAGCUUGGAGUUAGCAAGCUUUGAAGUGGAUUUCUUUGAAGCAAAUAAUACUGAGCUAAAGGAGAGAAUCCCGGAAGCAGUGGAAGAAGUAUUAACAAGAUUUGAUCAUGUGUUUGCUGAGCCUACACAAUUACCUCCGAUCAGGGGCCGCGAACACACAAUCAACUUGGUAACAGGAACAGGGCCUGUGAGUGUGCGACCUUACCGCUAUCCACAUGCCUAUAAAGAAGAGAUGGAGAAGUUAGUGACUCAGAUGUUAGAAGCUGGGACGAUUAGGCCGAGUAAAAGUCCUUUUUCGAGCCCUGUAUUGUUAGUCAAGAAGAAAGAUGGCAGCUGGAGAUUCUGCAUUGACUAUCGCGCUUUGAAUAAAGUAACAGUGCCGGAUAAAUUUCCGAUUCCAGUUAUUGAUCAGCUGUUAGACGAGCUUCAUGGAGCUACGGUAUUUUCAAAGCUGGAUUUGAGAGCAGGUUACCAUCAGAUUCGAAUGUUGGAGAAAGAUAUAGAGAAAACAGCCUUCAGAACCUCUAAUGGACACUACGAAUUCUUGGUAAUGCCAUUUGGGCUAACAAAUGCCCCUGCAACGUUCCAAGCGCUCAUGAAUGAGGUUUUCAGGCCGUUUCUGGGGACUUUUGUUCUGGUUUUCUUUGACGAUAUACUCAUUUUCAGCUCGAGUCUGGAGGAACAUGUCUCCCACUUAUCAACUGUUUUGGAAGUUUCUGAAGAACAUCAGUUAUUUGCUAACCGAAAGAAAUGUCUCUUUGGUCAAUCACAAGUGGACUAUCUGGGACAUAUUAUUUCUGCGGAAGGAGUUGCGACGGAUCCUUCUAAAACAGAGGCUAUGAAGAAUAGGCCUGUUCCCAAAUCGGUUAAAGAGUUGAGAGGUUUUUUGGGGUUAACGGGUUACUACAAGAAAUUUGUGAAGGGCUAUGGUGCAAUUGCGAGACCAAUGACGGAUCUGUUAAAGAAGGACAAUUUUGAAUGGUGCAACAGAGCCGAAGCAGCUUUUCAGGAGCUUAAGAAAGCAAUAAUGACAGCUCCUGUGUUGGCCUUACCCAAUUUUGAUGAGGUCUUCAUUGUAGAAUCUGACGCAUCUGGAUAUGGCUUGGGGGCGGUCCUUAUGCAAAAUCAAAGACCCAUUGCUUAUUUCAGUUCAGGUUUAUCUGAUAGGGAGCAAAUCAAAUCGAUAUAUGAAAGAGAAUUGAUGGCAGUGGUGUUGGCAAUUCAGAAGUGGAGGCAUUAUUUGUUGGAAAGGAAAUUUGUGGUGCAUACAGAUCAUAAGAGUUUGAAGUUCUUACUGGAACAACGAGAGGUUUCCAUGGAAUAUCAAAAAUGGUUGACCAAGUUGCUUGGGUAUGAUUUUGAGAUUGUCUUUAAGCCAGGAGUGGAGAACAAAGGGGCUGAUGGCUUAUCGAGGAUUGUGUCAGAAAAUUCGGUUUCAAGGCAUGCUCAACUAUUCACUUUAACGGUUCCUGCAAAUUUGCAAAUGCAAGACAUCUACAAAGAGAUUGAAGCAGAUACUAAGAUUCAAGAACUGUUACAACGCGUGAAGGAUGGUGUGGAGGAGAAUGACAAAUUUACGAUUGUCGAUGGGAGGUUGAGAUUUAAGCAGCGAUUGAUGACAAAGGAUAUACAGAAAUUUGUAGCUGAGUGUGAUGUCUGCCAACGACACAAAUACUCUACAUUGUCUCCUGCAGGUCGUCUCCAACCUUUGCCAAUUCCGUCUCAGAUUUGGGAGGAUCUUUCGAUGGACUUUAUUGAAGGAUUACCAGUAUCUCAGGGAGCGAAUGUAAUACUUGUUGUGGUUGAUCGCUUGAGUAAGUUUGCUCAUUUUGUGCGCCUGAAACACCCGUUUACGGCAACAGAUGUAGCGAACAAAUUUAUUCAGGAGAUAGUGCGGCUUCAUGGGUUUCCAGCUUCAAUUGUAUCUGACCGUGACCGCAUCUUCUUGAGUUCUUUCUGGAAGGAGUUAUUCAAGCAAGCGGGAACUCGUUUGAAGUACAGCACAGCGUUUCACCCUCAGUCCGACGGACAAACGGAGGUAUUAAACCGUUGCUUAGAGACGUACCUGAGAUGUUUUGCUUCGGCACAACCAAAGAUGUGGGGAAAGUAUUUGAAUUGGGCAGAGUUAUGGUACAAUACUAGCUAUCAUACAGCCAUUGGAAGUACGCCAUUUCAUGUUGUCUAUGGGCGUGAAGCACCAGUGUUACUGAGGUUUGAAGAAGGCUCGACGUCAAAAUUUUGA